GACUCACAAAUCAGCUGCAGCAAAAUUAAACUCUACAGAAAUUUCAUCUUCACACUCCACUAAAAUUUCCCAAGAAAACAACAACAACAUGAUUGCAAAAGAGGGAAAAUCAAUAGAUAGUUCUAAAAAACAAAAUUUAGAUCAGAUUGACAAGAAUAACAUUAAAAUCAAAUUAGAAUCAUAUUCUAUUGAAGCAACUUCAAUAGUUCAA